AUGGUCCCAUUAGAAGAAUAUGGGACACUCUUCAAAGCCAAUCAGAAGACAGAAGGGCCACCGCCCAGCCCGAGCCCCCGGGCAGCGCCUCCGCCGGCUCCCGAGCUGGCACCCGCCGCCCUUGGAUCAGCCUGGGCGCGCCCGGGCCCAGACAAGCACGAAGUCUCCUCCCGCAGCCCCGGCCCCGAAGGAGAAAACGCCGAGCGCUGGGCCCAGCGCGCCCCCGCUUUGGGGAAGCCCGGGCCCGGCCGGCGGCAGGGCGGCGCCCUUGGGGGCCCUCCCGAGGGUCAGCUGCGGGCGGCGGCCGGGGCGCGGCGGGCGCGGGAAGCCAGAGGACGGCUGACUCAUCUUCCUUCCCGCCGCCGCAACCCAUGUGACUCACGGUUGAACUCAGCCCACAUCCAGAUUCCAGCACCGGUGAUGCCUAGAAGAGUGAGUGUCUACAUUUCAUGGAGCUCCGUAGAUGAAUGAAACCUCUCUGCCAAAGAGGCCAGGCAGCCCCAACAGGCCUCAAGGAGAUGGAGAGAGGGACUUCCCUGGCGGCCCAGUGAUUCAGACUCCGCCAAAAAAAAAUGGGGAGACAGGAAAUGAAGGGUGGUGGAGGGGUCAGUUCUGCUCCCAAACCUCUCCUGGAAGAAAAGAUGCCGCCUAGGGCUCCUUUAGCUGCCGGUCUUCAUGCUUCAUACCCUGUCCAGGCCACAUCCACGUGGGAGGACCAUCCAUCACCAUAGCCUCUGAUCCUGCUCCUCUUCCUCCCCGAUGAAGGAAAUUCUGAUUCACGCUACAACAUAGAUGAACCUUGAGGACAUUAUGUUAAGUGAAAUAAGUCAGUCACACACAUACAGUGUAUGAUUCCACUUACAUGAGGUCCCUACUGUGGUCAAAUCCACAGAGACAGAAAGAAGUGGAACCGUGGUUGCCAGGGAAUGCGGGGCCGGGGGGACGGACAUGGGAAGUUGUUGUUUGGUGGGUACAGAAUUUUAGUUUUACAAAAUGAAGAGUUCUGGAAAUUGAUUGCACAACAAUGUGAAUGUACUUAACACUACUGAACUGUAAACCUAAAAAAAUGGUUAAGAUGGUAAAUUUGGCAUUGUG